UCGUGCUAUCGGCGAAUUUGUUACGAUCCAAAAAUAAUGAUCUUGUUAUACUUUUUUUAGGAAAAUAGUAGUCCAAUUUAAAAAAAAAGGUAAAAAUCUUAAGUGUUUUAUGAGUGAUAGUGUAGUAACAUUGAGUAAAUUAGUGGUAAAAGUGUUUUGUAGAAAUGCGAUAGAAGCCAUACAUACAUCAUGGCCUACUGAUAAUUUGUCACAGAACGGUACUUAGUGAAUGGCGAUAAUCUCAUUACCAUUACAAGUUUCGUAUAAGAAAUAUAUUAAAAAGUGUUAAAUAUUCCAUUUUUCAGAUAGUAGUAAACACGAAAAUACAAUAAUAUUAACGAAACAUAUAAGUUAUAUACAAACAUGUUUUAAACGUUUUCGUGAUAAAUGAAGAUAUUUUGAAAAAAUAAUAAAUGUUUGUAUUCGAUACAUUUUAAAAUAAAUUAUCUUAAAAUGGAUCCAUCACCAGAAAUGUAUACAGAUAUACAAAUCAAAAAAGAACCGGUAGAACAUGAAAUCGAUAUUGAAGUGAAUUUAAAAAUAGAAAAUGAUACCAAGGAGGUUGAUAGUGUGUGUCCAGAAAAUUUUGUUUCUAUUAAGCAAGAAAUAACUAAUGAUUUGACCGUCAAAUUAGAGACUAUAGAUCAGGAUGAGAAUCCGUAUGAAAACCAUGAAAUCGUUCCGGAACAAAUGGUUAUGAAACUUGAUCCUACAUACUACAAUGGUGAAUUCUAUAAAAAUUACGAUGGAAAACUAUUAACAACCUCAAGAGUUAGAAAAGGCAAGGAUGAAAUGGAUGAUGACUACUUGCCUGCGAAGAGUAAGAAAAAGAAAAAGGAGUCAAACGUUAAACCACUUUUCAAAGGCAAACAACGAAAUGACGAACAGACAUAUUCAGAUGAUAUAACGAAACACAUAGAAAUAGUGACGAUAGAUGAGGCCGAGCGACUCGUGGAACAUCACGACUUGUUUAAUAGUCGGAAGCACAUGAACUACACGUGUGAGCCGUGCGCGCUCGGGUUCGUUAUCGAGGACGCUUACCAAAUGCAUAUGAAAAUACAUUCGCCGGAGAACGGCAGCCACGCGUGCGACAUCUGCGGCGCGCGCGUGAAGAGCGCGGACGUGCUGUACCGGCACCGCCUGCGCCACUACCGGCGGUACCGCUGCCGCGUGUGCGCGCUGCGCCUGCGCGACAAGGACACGGUGGCGGCGCACGUCAUGCGCGAGCACGUCGGCGCCGCCUUCCAGUGCGCGCACUGCGGCCGCGGGUUCAAACGGCCGCAGUAUCUAAAGCGGCACGUGGAACAGAUGCACACGAAACCGCUGCACCUCGAGUGCCCCGUGUGUCAGCGCGUGUUCUACGAGCGGGGCUGGUACCGGUGCCAUGUUAGGACACACAAUGAAGAAGUACGCAAGAAUAUAGAUAGGAAGGCGAUAUGUUCGCAUUGCGGGCGUGAAUUUAGGAAUAAAGCCUACCUCAUACGACACUUGCAGACACACGAGGACCGCCAGCCAGUCGUGUGUAAGCACUGUUCUAGAACGUUCAAGAACAUUGAAGUGCUCAGGGUACAUUACAGGCAGCAUCAUUCGAAGAAUCCUCUGAAUGAAGAUGGUACCUAUAACGAGAACUUCACGGGUCGGACGUACGCUUCGCAGGGGGGAGUGAGAGGGUCGGGCGCCAACACGACGUGCGCGCAGUGCGGGCGCGUGCUGACGACGCGCGCCAUGCUCGCGCGACACACGCAGCGCAUGCACACCGAGCGCGUGCGCAAAUUCCAGUGCGACUACUGCAAGAAGUGGUACUUCACGAAGGCGGAGGUGCGCUCGCACAUCGAGUGGUCGCACCUGCAGCAGCGCCGCCACGCGUGCGCGUGCGGCCGCGUGUUCCGCACGCCCGCCCGCCUGCGCGCGCACGCGUGCGCCGUGCACCUGCGCAUCGCGCCGCCGCGCGACAAGACCUGCCCCGUCUGCGGGAAGAUGUUCGCGAAUCAGCAGGUACUUACGCGUCACAUCAAAGGUCACUCGGGUGAAACGUACCCGUGCAACGAGUGCGGGCAGAAGUUCAAAACUCAGUCGUACGUGAAAAUACAUUACAAGCUGAAACAUUUGAAGAUGUCGCGCGCGGAGAUCAAAGCUCAGAGCAAGCGGACGCUUAUCACGGUUGAGAACAGUAUGGACGAACGGAUGGUGUCGAAGGUGAAAGUCUACGAUCCGAUCACAAGCGGUGGUGACCCCCUCUACAUAAACACUCAGGAGAGAGAAAACGGUGUGAAGACAGAGACACAAAAUAUAUCUGUGCCGCUCUUUGAAACAUUCGUCGACAUUCAGCGGGAGUGUUGAACUUGUAUGUGAUUGAAUUGUCUCAUGGUAUUGGUAUGGCGUGGCCAGGUAUUUGGAAUGUCGAGGUAGGGGGGGUGUUUCGGCGUAAGUGUCACUCAAAAUUUAUAAUAUUCACAUGCUCUGGAGCUAGAAGGUGAUAUUUAAAGGAACGUGCUGAUAUGAGUCAGUAAAAUGGAAUUAGAGGGAGAAAGAUAUACAUUAGAGUUCAAAAAGUAACCUUAAAUAAUUCUAUUACUAUAUUAAUCCCAACUAAUAAAUGCAUAAAUGUUAACAUCAGGCAGCAGUAGCGCCAUUUUGCAAUUUAUGGACCUCUCAAUAAAUAAGAACGUAAUUGCAACACCACAAGUAGAAUAUAAAAAUGUAGAAAACACAAUUGAUUGUGGUACUGCAAGAAGUAGUACACGAAGAUACUUUUUCGAUUGAAGAUGCUCCAUAUGAGACACUCGUCCUUACCCCUACACGCCAUAGUCACGUAGAAGCAGGGUGAUCUUAAAACUAACUUUUAUCAAUUUCUAUAAUCUAUUCCAAUCAAAGGAGUACAGAUAAAUAAAUCUCAUAUUUAGAUAUGGCUGGCCAUAUAGCAGUUUUGCUUAUAGCUCUACUAUGCUAUGCAAAACAAAGGGUUCUCAAUGAAUUUAUAUUUAUUUACAAUACAACACUAUUCCACUAACUUACAUCCACUUUAAUUUUACUUCUAAAUUCAAAACGUUAUUUAUUCGCGAAUUCAUAAUAAAUACCAUAGAUUAUACCAGAUCUCGACCAAUGAUAUCGCGUCAAUGUCAAUGUGGUUAAUUUUUAUAUCCUGUGGUUGGAAUAGGCUAUAGAAUUUUCUAGAAGUACCUCCUCGGAAUAAAAUCAUGGCUGCGUUAGUAAGUAUUAUUAGAAAUUAAAAUGAUAUUUCUAUAUUUAUUCUUAACGGUUAAUAGAGAAGUACGCUCAGUCCGAUUUAAUAUUAAAAAUUAUGAAACGAUUACGUUUAAUAUAGUAAGUCACUGCCAAUGCGAAAAGUUCAAAAAGUAAAUUUUUAAAACGAUACAUAACCGCGCGCUAUCAGGAUGGGUUCAAUGUCACCAAUUGGUGACAUUGAAAAGUAAUUGACAUUUAAAACCUUUAAUAAUUUAAUAAAUUUUUAUACGUCAAUGUGGUAUUGAUAAUUCAAAGUUCUCUAUAUGCACAGGUAAAAAAUCCCUAAGAUUAACACAAAAAUGAGGUAAUUACCUUAAAUAUAUAUAUUCAAUAAUGAAAUUGAUUAAAGUAUUUGUU